GGGGGCAGCAAUGAGCGCCGUGAAAAGAAAACGGGUCCGCUUUGAACCGAUGAAGAAGAAAACGUCAACGGGAAGCAGGAGGGACAGCUGCUGUUGCUAAAGGUCUCCGGCAUGGCGGGCAGACGAGCUCUGAAGGCCGUCCUCAUUGACCUGAGUGGAACUCUGCAUAUAGAGGAUACGGCGGUACCCGGGGCACAGGAAGCCCUGAACAGGUUACGGCAGGCGUAUGUAGCUGUGAAGUUUGUGACCAACACAACCAAGGAGAGUAAGAGGAACUUACUGGAACGACUGCAACGUCUCAACUUCGACCUCCAGGAAAAAGAGAUCUUCACGUCUCUGACUGCAGCGAGGACUCUGUUAGAGCAGAAACGACACAGACCGCUGCUGCUGGUGGAGGACAGUGCACUAGAGGACUUCACUGGUAUUGACACGUCAGAACCAAACGCUGUCGUCGUUGGCCUCGCUCCUGAUCAAUUCAACUACCAAACACUCAACAAGGCUUUCAGAAUGAUUCUGGAUGGAGCUCCUCUCAUCGCCAUCCAUAAGGCUCGGUACUACAAACGCAAGGAUGGUUUGGCCCUCGGUCCCGGGCCCUUUGUGACGGGACUGGAGUACGCCACUGACUGUAAAGCUACUGUGGUGGGAAAGCCAGAAAAGACUUUUUUCACACAGGCUCUGUCUGAUUUAGGCUGUAGCCCCAGUGAAGCUGUGAUGAUAGGAGAUGAUGCAAGAGAUGAUGUGGGUGGGGCUCAGAACGCAGGGAUGUUGGGUAUUCUAGUCAGAACUGGUAAAUACAGAGAAGGAGAUGAGAAUAAAAUCAACCCUCCUCCUCACCUGACUUGUGACAGUUUCACUGAUGCUGUUGAACAUAUACUGAAGAACCUGCUAUGAGCUACAAGUAACAAUAGAACUCUACAGUUUCAUUGUCUUAAUCAAUCUUUGAUUUGCACAACACACAUUGUAGCCAUCAGUUAUCACUGUUGUAGACUAGUGGUGUUUUAGCAGUGGACAGAAGGGAGUUAUAAAACGAGUCCCCUCAUCUCCUCACCACGAUUAAGUAAAAAGUAACCAUCCUGUAGUUCUUAUAAGUUUGACUGACUGUCCCCAAAUUCUCUAAACUUAAACAAAAAUGUCCAUUUGAGUGUUGACUACCUCUCUUUAGGUCUCUUUAGGUAAAGCAUGCGUUAAAGAAG